UUUGGUGAUGCAUGGAAUGUGUUUGAUUUUAUUGUGGUCUUGGGAAGUUUCAUCGAUAUCAUGAUUUCAGAAAUUUCUCGAAAAGAAGACGAAAGUAAUAAAGACCAUAAUCAAAAAGGUAUUUCGAUAACGCUAUUCUUCCGACUGUUUCGUGUUAUGCGUUUGGUAAAAUUGUUGAGCCGAGGAGAAGGUAUUCGAACAUUAUUGUGGACAUUUAUAAAAUCGUUCCAAGCGCUUCCGUACGUUGCUUUGCUUAUAGUGAUGUUAUUCUUUAUUUACGCGGUUAUUGGAAUGCAGCUAUUCGGCAAACUUGUAUUUAAUGAUGAAUAUAUAACUCGAAAUAAUAAUUUUCGCACGUUUCCACAAGCCGUGCUGGUUCUAUUUCGUUCAGCCACGGGCGAAUCGUGGCAAGAAAUAAUGAUGGCUUGUGCAAGUGAUGAUAUAGGAAAUUGUGAAGAUGAGAAUGAGAGAGGUGAAAAUUGUGGUUCACCCGCCGCAUUUCCGUAUUUUAUUUCGUUUUAUGUAUUGUGUUCCUUUUUGAUUAUCAAUUUAUUUGUGGCAGUAAUCAUGGAUAACUUCGAUUAUUUGACGCGUGAUUGGUCGAUUUUGGGACCACAUCAUCUCGAUGAAUUUAUUCGUUUGUGGAGCGAAUAUGAUCCAGAUGCAAAAGGUCGCAUUAAACAUUUAGAUGUGGUCACAUUACUGAGAAAAAUAUCACCACCACUGGGUUUCGGCAAACUAUGUCCACAUCGAGUUGCUUGUAAGCGUCUGGUUUCAAUGAAUAUGCCAUUGAAUAGUGAUGGAACAGUUCUUUUUAAUGCAACAUUGUUUGCCGUUGUACGAACAUCCUUGAAAAUUAAAACGGAAGGUAAUAUUGACGAUGCAAACACCGAACUUCGUGCUGUUAUCAAACAAAUUUGGAAGCGAACCAAUCCAAAGCUGCUUGAUCAAGUGGUACCACCACCAGGUGUCGAUGACGAAGUUACUGUUGGUAAAUUCUAUGCAACAUUCUUAAUUCAAGACUACUUCCGCCGUUUCAAAAAACGCAAAGAACAAGAACACAAAGAAGGCUCUGGAGACUUAAAUAAUACUGUGACACUUCAAGCCGGCUUACGAACUCUGCAUGAAGCUGGACCUGAAUUGAAACGUGCCAUUUCAGGAAAUUUGGAUGAACUAAUCGAGGAACCAGAGCCAAUGCAUCGU